AUGAAAAUCACAGCCGUGGCCGCCGCGGCCGCCGCGUUGGCGCCCGCCCUCGUCCUCGCGUCGCCUCGCGCAGGCCUCGACGACGCCUUGUCCGCGCGAGACGCGCGCGCGCGCGAACACAUGCUGUCGUCGCGCGAUCCGAGGGUCGAGCACUCGUGCACGCCUCUGUCGCUGUCUCCUGCCGACCACGAAACCAUCAAUGCCAAAUGCAUCAACGCCAAGAACCAGUACCAGGCAACCAGUAUCGAUCUUUCCCACUGCCUCAUGAAUUCCGAGGGGACGUUCGUCAAAGCAAAGAAGUGCCGGGAGAUUCGAUGCCUCCUGUACCAUGUCAUCGUGCACUCUCAAGGGGAAUACAUAUUCUUGCACGUGCAAAACUACCUCUCUUGGGCCACGAACGGCUUCUAUCGACUUGAAGUUCUAUACAACUACUGGGGUGAUUUGGCUUGCUAG